AUGGACGAGUCCUCUUUUCUCUUGACUGCUACCAGGAAAAGACUGAAGGCUCAUCCUCUAUCUCUGUCUUCCUCUGAAUCUGAUCCUGAGGAAGAAAAGUCAGAAUCUGAAGCAACCCGUGAUACCACAUUGUCUGAUGAAACGGUUCCUGACAAUGCAGAAUCAGAGGCUGAGUCUGAUGAGCCAGAAAAAGAAGACAUUGUUCCCUCUGAACAAGAAGCCGAAUCUGACUCAGAACCAAUUGCAACUCCUUUGUCAUCCAAGGCUAAAGGAAAGAGACCAAUUUCUGAUCCUACACCUUCUCCAAAACGUUCAGGUGUAAAUUUCAAACCUUAUUCUUCAAUUUUUUGUUAUAAUGAUAAUGCUCGUGAUAUGAUUCUCUAUGUUCAAAGGAAAUUUAUCAUUAAGAGAAAUUAUGUGUUGAGUGAUCAUCGGCCUUAUGGUGUGUUAACAAUGCUUCAAGAUCGAAAAUGGACAUGUUCUUUGGUUAAAUUUACUGGUUUUGUGGAUAGAAUAGUCAAGGAAUUCUAUGCCAAUCUUACUAAUGAAAUUAUAGAACCUAAAUCUUCUCUGUAUCAUAAAGUGUUUGUUAGGGGCCAUUGGUUCUCUUUUUCUCCUCAAGACAUUGCUCUUGUUUUGCAUCUUCCCUUUGAUGUCGAGGAUGAUGUUGAUGGUGCCUCUCUUGACAAGGACAUGGUUAUCACUGAAUUGGUAGGUCAAAAAAUGGUAUGGCCAUCUAAUACAGUCAUCUCGGUCUCCAAUCUCACCUACACUUAUGCUGUCCUCCAUAAGUUUGCCACAACAAAUUGGAAGCCCACUUCUCACACCGCCACUAUCUCUUUUGAUAUGGCAUCUUUUUUGUACAAGGUGGGGACCGGUCUUGGUAUAAAUUUGGGUUUGGUUAUUCAUGAUCAAAUCAUUGGGUUUCGCAAAGGUAAUAGGAAAAACUUGAAUCUUCCUUUUCCUCAAGUUAUUUAUAAAGUGUUGAGUAUGCAGAAAAAAGAUCUCCAACGUGAUCAAGAAGACUUGGCGGCUCCCACUACUGCUGCUUCCUACAAGGCCUCUGCUCCUCCUACUGAAGCCACUGCUGCUCCUUCAACCAAGAAAGUCAAGCCCCAAUCUCUGAAGAUUGCCUCGGAUGACAUUCCUCAUGCCUCCUCCUCUGUUGCCACAGAUUCAGGACUUGUUGCAACAGAAAUAGCUGCUGUUCGAGCCUCUGUUGAUUCUUUGACUGCUCGAGUGAUGUCAAUUGAAGGACUACAACGUUCUGUGUUGGAGGUUGUUCAAUCUCUGUCAAAAGAUCCCGUUGUUUAA